CAGUCACGAGACUAUCCAUGUAUAUAUGACAUCUGAGAAAGCGUUGCUCUGUUCAAACACUGAUUAGGUACCACGAGCAGAAUAUCCGGAGACGCACAGUUUCCAACCAUAGACGGAUCGCUAAAAACAAAACCUAGUUCAUUGGAAUUCACAUAGGUCAGUAAACGAAGGCACGGACAAAGCUCUUCAGCUGGGGUGGAAGAGCGACGGCUGAAGACGGCUGUCUAGAAGAAGGAACCAGAGAAAAACAGCCAUGACAGAAUACUACCAGAUCUUAGGGGUCCAGAGAAACGCUUCGGCCGAGGACAUUAAAAAAGCGUACAGAAAGCUAGCACUAAAGUGGCAUCCAGACAAGAACCCAGACAACAAGGAAGACGCAGAGAGGAAGUUCAAAGAGCUUUCAGAAGCCUAUGAGGUCCUGUCAGACGCAAACAAGAAGAACCAGUAUGACCGGUAUGGUAAAGAAGGCUUGGCUGGAAAUGGAGGCAGAGGAGGGCAUUAUCACAACGGUGAUCACUUCAGUGGUGGGUUCACAUUCCGUAACCCCGAAGAUGUCUUCAGGGAAUUCUUCGGAGGUCGAGAUCCAUUUGCCGAUUUCUUCGACGAUGACUUCUUCGGUGGGGGACACAGGCAGCGGGUGGUGAACCAAAGUAGGACCGGAGGAUCCUUCUUCCACGGAUUUGGUGGCUUCCCCCCCUUCGGGGCGGGCUUCCCAGGGUUUGGUUCAGGUGCGCUUCCCCUGCAGCACGGUUUCACCUCCCUGGGACAUAUGGGUGGAGGAGGCUUCGCCUCGUUUUCCUCUUCAUCUUUCGGAGGUGGAGGAGGAAUGUGCUCCCGCUCGGUGUCUACCUCCACCAAGUUCAUUAACGGCAGACAAAUUACCACAAAACGGAUUGUGGAGAACGGCCAGGAGAGGGUGGAGGUGGAGGAAGACGGUCAGUUAAAGUCUCUAACCGUCAACGGUAAGGAGCAGCUCCUAAGACUGGAUAACAAGUGAUGACCUCUGCACAACGUUUGAAAUACUCACACCUGACCUGGAAACAAACUAAACUAACUCAGCUUGACGAUGCUGCUCAGGGUCGCGACCUUACGGUAGUUGGUUUCUCUCCUCUCCCUCCCUGUUGACAUUUGUAGUUAACAUUCCUCAUGGCGAGGAAAUGUGUUCUCAACUGAGUUUAGCCACAGGAGCGAGGAACGUUCAGAUACGGUUGUAUUUAUUCCCGUUUCACCUUUUUUUGUUCUGGGACCUUUCUCUUACUAGGACCACUGUUUAUUACUGAUUUGUACUAUUCAUUUAUUUUUCUGUAUUGCAGUUUUUUCAUGAGUAGACUUCUUGUCCUUUUAGUUCUAGAAGCCAAGGGCACAAGCUGUACUGCGUUGCUUUUGUUCUUUUGAACUAUCUCAGCUUUAACCCUUUGUCUCUCUAACCUUUUUUAAAACCAUUUUCACACUCCUUCGUUUCAGAUGAACACAUCUAGAGGAUUAGUGCAUUGAUACAGUAUUCCUAUGCAUUUUGCUUUCUGUUGGUUUGUUUGCUUGUUUUGGAAUAUGAGUGUUUCUUUCAUCUCUGCAUGAUUUGCCAAUGACGAGGCUGUUCAUGUUCCUGACUAACUGUUUCAUCAACUCAUCAUAAAUAGAGACUAUAUAGCGUACCGGUCAGAAGUUUGGACACACCUACUCAUUCAAGGGUUUUUCCUUUUUUUUUUACUCUGUUCUACAUUGUAGAAUAACAGCGACGACGUCAAAACUAUGAAAUGACACGUAUAGAAUCAUGUAGUAACCCCCCCAAAAAAUGUUAAAUAAAUAAAAAUAUAUUUUGUAUUUGAGAUUCUUAAAAGUAGCCACCCUUUGCCUUGAUGACAGCUUUGCACACUCUUGACAUUCACUCAACCAGCUUCACCUGGAAUGCUUUAAGUCUUGAAGGAGUUUCCACAUAUGUUGAGCACUUGUUUGCUGCUUUUCCUUCACUCUGCGGUCCAACUCAUCCCAAACCAUCUCAAUUGGGUUGAGGUCGGGUGAUUAUGGUGUGUCCAAACAUUUGACUGGUACUGUGUAUAUCUAUCUAGAAAUAGGGGAUUUUGUGUACUUUGUAAAACAACUAAAAAAGAUACAUUGGUCAAUAAAUCUCAGCUUGAACCCUCUUAGGGGCCGUUGCAUUCACAA